GCAAUUAAUUCUAAUUUCUCAGAUCCAAAUCGAAUUCGAGGGAGAAAGAGAGAGAGGAAAAUGGAGAAGAUGAACCAGGCAUUUGAGAAGAUGAAGAUGCUUGUUGGAAUGGAAGUGGACGACGAGGACCUAGCCGCUGCAGAGGACAGCAGUUCCUUCUCUUUAUUGGACGACUUCAAUCGCAACUGCACUCUCUCCACUAAACAGAGGCUUUACGGUUUCGUCAUCUGCUUUGUUUCUGGCUUAGCUUGUACACUUUUGUCAAUGCUGGUUUUUUUCAAUCCAAUUAAGUUUGGCAUUGCAUUCACAUUUGGCAAUUUGCUUUCACUUGGAAGCACAGCAUUUCUCAUAGGGCCAAAGCGUCAAGUGACUAUGAUGCUUGAUCCUGUUCGUAUAUAUGCAACUGCCCUAUAUCUUGCGAGUAUAAUCAUUGCCUUGUUCUGUGCACUAUAUGUCCAUAACAAACUUUUGACGCUUGUGGCAAUUAUUCUAGAAUUCAGUGCGCUAGUUUGGUAUAGCUUGAGCUACAUUCCCUUUGCAAGGUCCAUGGUUUCGAAGGUCGUGUUAGCUUGCUUUGACACUGAAUUUUAGGUUGCUAUACACUCUCAGUAGAGAACAACGGAUGUAUUAAUUGUUGAGCAUAAUUCGACAUAUAUGUAAUCAAAUUUUCUGCAGGUGUAUUCUAGGCUAGUCCAUCGUAGUUGUAUGUAAAAAUUUGACAUGGGUACAUGAUAGAAAUAUACGAAUGGUCAGAAAGUUACAUGGUUGUGACAUUACCGUCAA